UUAUAUCUAUCAGAUCUUACUCUCGUAAGUGACCGUGAAGGGCUUGACAACCCCUAAUCGCGUUGAUUGCGAGUAGCUAUCACUUUGUGCAGGUACGAGGGACUUGAGCGUGGGCUCCUACUGGAUUGAUACAUUGAUUCUCAAAAACUGUGGGAAAUACUUACGCUACUCUGCUGCAUCAUCCCUUCCUCUUCGAGAAAAACCAACACAAACUCAAGACGUAGCAGUUAACAACUCAUCAAAAUUUCCUACGAAACUGCGUUGACACCACGCUAAAUAUUGUCAAGGGCCCGUGAGACACAACCUCCCUACGAUCUCACGCCGGGGAUGGACGGCCGGCCGUCGAAACGAUCUGCUCUUCCAUGACCGAUGACAUCUGCUGCCACACAGCAUGACGAAGGGUCCAGCUCAGAUCCAUACUGCGCUAACGAAAGGUAAACAAAAAUGUUCAUAGAUUUUAACUAAUCUUUCGUGGAAAACUUUCUUGACAUCACCUGAAAAAUCCGCAUAAAACAGUAGGGACGUUCGUGCCAUCGAUCUUGAAGCUGCUUUCAGCUGUUGCUCCUCUGCUCCAUUCACUGUGCCACAUCCGACAAACAGUGGUUGCGAGCAGCGUGCUGAAGAUGGCUGUUCAGAGGGCUACCAGCGACGCCAAAGAUGCUUGUUCAGGGGUCGGGCCGGGGAAAGUCAUAGCCUAGAACCUGAAGAAGAUGGCUCUAACUACAUCAGGAGAGCUUUCGAUAAAGCCGCUGAGUGAGGUUCACGCAUCGUCUUUGAGCCCGCUGAAGGGAUGAUAUUUUCAACUGAACAAGAAGCCUAUCAGUUCUACAACACAUACUCCUGGGAGAUGGGUUUCGCUAUUAAACACGACAACAAGUACGAGAUAAAGAAAACUGGAUACAAGACUAAUCAGGAUUUCCUCUGCUCGUGCGAGGGGCGGAGCAACAUAGGAAACACCAGGUCUGCGCGGACCAAAUGCCCAGCAAUGGUUCGAGUGAAGAGGACAUCCAAUGAUGGCUGGUUUUUCUCUCGAGUUGUUUUGACUCACAACCAUGAGCUGGCAGAAAUGGUUGGUGUGAAAAAAGUCUGGAAAUGUCAUGAUGCAAUUGAUUCUUCGAUGAGAUAUCUCAGCAAACAUAUUCGUUCAAACAAUGUGCAAGUUAACAAGGUGUUUGGGGUCAUGGCUGACAUCCAUGGGCGUGCUGAAGAAGUCUCAUUCGGCAAGAGGUGUCUGAAAAAUCUUUGCGCAUCAAUUGCACAUGAAGCUAGCCAGGACGACAUCGCCAAGAUGCUUGAGCUUUUUGCAACAAUGCAAUCCCAGAACCCUGAUUUUUUCUAUUCAGUUAAGACCGACAUAGAAAGGAGUGUCUGGUCUCUUGUGGUGCCACUCGAAGAGCCGUGCUGAUUACUAGUUGUUUGGUGAUGUUUUGACAUUUGACACAACCUACAAGAGCAAUUUAUAUGAGAUGCCUGUUGGGCUUUUUGUAGGUGCCAACAACCAUUAUCAGUCUACUCUUUUCGAUUGUGUUGUUUUGCGAGAGGAGACUGUAGAGUCAUUCAAGUGGGCUUUUGCAACCUUCCUUGGUGCCAACGGCGGUAAAACACCAAAAACUAUUCUCACAGAUCAAUGCUUGCAGAUGGAGCGUGCAAUUGCUGGUGUUAUGCCUUCUACUGCUCACCGUUGGUGCAAACGGCACGUGAUGAAAAACAUCAAGGAGAAACUUGGGACCUUGUACAAGAAAGGUACACCAUUCAGCAUAGAUUUCAACUAUCUAACCAACGAGAUGAUGACUGUCGAGGAGUUUGAAUUUGGAUGGCAGUUUCUGGUUUCUAGUUAGGGACUACAAGAUAACAGGUACAUGCAGGAUGUGUUUCACUGCAGGGAUAAAUGGGCCAAGCCAUAUCUUAGCUCUAACUUUUGUGCCAAAAUGUCAAGCACACAACGGAAUGAGUGCAUGAUUAACGUUCUUAAAACUUAUGUAUCGCUAUCAGCACCGCUCAACAGAUUUGUGAUGCAGUAUAACGAACUAAUAGCCUCUCGUUGCGAAGAAGAGGACUUUGAAAUGGCACAUACAAAAAAGGAUGGUAAGGUGUUGCAUAGCAAUGUGCCCAUCGAGCGUCACGCCUCCAAGGUCUAUACUCGUGCUGUGUUCAAGUUAUUUUCUGCUGAGUUGUAUGAGGCAGGCAGUUACGUCAUGAAAGGUCAGAAUGUGGAUGGCCGCGUUGUCGUGCAACAUGUUGAUUCAGAUAGCCGUGCACACUGGUGCAAAGUAAGCUAUGUGGUUAUGGUUGAUCGAGAAAGCAACACUUACAACUGUGGGUGUGCCAUGUAUGAGCACAUGGGGCUUCUCUGCCGGCACGCUCUGAGAGUAAUGAUUCAUGUUGGUGUUCUUCGCCUUCCGACUCAUUAUGUGAUGAAGCGGUGGACUAGAGAUGCCCGGGACAUUUUACCUGAUCAUAUCAAGAAUUAUCAGAGAGACUCGGACAUUGGGGUUUCCAAAACUUUCAGGCACAAUAUUUUGUACGUGUGUGCACUGCAGGUGGUGAAGGAAGGUAACCUAUCAGUGUCGCUUUUCAAUCACGCAGUCCAGAAGUUGCUCUCGCUUGAGAAAGAGCUGAAAGCCACGGCUGCUUCCAAAUCUGAGACUAGUCAGCCAAGUACAAAGAUUGGGAACAGCAAGGCUGCAUCACAAAAUCCCAAUGUGCCCAACUUUAGUGAUGUUCAACCUGCUGAUCAUGUUAUAGCUCUGUAUCCAGAGAAGAGACCAUCGCGUGGCCGCCCCAAAUCAAAGAGAAUGAAGUCGGUAGUUGAGCGUGUGGUGGAAAAAUCUAAGGAUGCAUGCUCUGUUUGCGGAUCAGAAGAUCAUUUUACUGAAGAUUGUGAGUGCUUGAAACUACCAGAUCAGAAUGACGGUUCCAGCUCUGAAGAUAACUAUGUACCAGAGUCUUGCUUUGAUGGUUCCGGGGAUGAUGGGCAGGACCGGUUCGACGAGGAUCCCGUGCCCGUGGAAACUUCAGAAGCUCGGACAACUCGCUUGAUGGCAUCUGCAUCAACUACACCUCUUGCAGCCCGUUUCGCUAGUGCAACUGCUACUGCAUCUCGUCAGUCCAAAGUUCCAAGCUCCGGCGGAAAAACUCCUGCUAGACGCAGAUGUAGUAUAUGCAAUGAGCAUGGACACUAUAAGGUGUCUUGUCCGCUAAAUGAUGAACCAAAGAAACCCCCUAAGAAGGUUCGAUGUGGCAAGUGUGGCAUGGGCACACACUAUGAAUCAACUUAUGGUGGCAAUACAACCUACAAACGACCUCGUCGUCUUCAGUAAUGCAAAGUUGUCAACGUUAACUUAUGAUUUUCAUAUUGUUGUUGUACCCUUAAAGGCAAACAUGCCAUGUUGUUGUACCCUUAAUAUCGGAGUAAUUGGACACGAAUACCCCGAAGACGGCGAGACAA